GUCGAUGCUUCACUCUCUUAACGUGAAAAUGUCAAUUUGCCGCCGUCUUAAAUUACUGUCGAUAUGGACAUUACUGUGUGUUUGUAUUAUGCGCCAUGUGCAGGCGCGUCAAGAUAACAUAGUAAAGCGCAAUUGCUCUGAGAAUGGACAAUAUUGCCAAAUGCAUAUGGACUGUUGUUCCCGGAAGUGCAUGACAUAUAUGUACAAGUGCGCGCCCAGAGUGCCAGAGAAAUAUCCUGAAAGCAAUGGAAGCCCAACGGGUUUGAAUUCUCUCCCAGACUUUUGGUGGCCUCUAUACCAUGCGAAUAUACCACUCAACGAAGAUCUUGAGAUAGUUACGCUGCAAGAUGAUAAGACCACAACAAGAACUGAGCUCGUUGAGAACAGCAGCCAAUCAGCUGAGAUAGCGGGCAUAGCAUACGAUAUUGUCAAUCCAUCAAGCACUGCUCCAACUUCGAGUGCACCCCGCUGUAAACGAGUUGGCGAUGUGUGCUCAGUUAGCAGCGAAUGCUGUACAAUGCGCUGUCACACCUACCUCCAUAAGUGCGUCACCUGAUGUCACAAGCCCGCUUACUAACUGAACCUACCUACAUGUAUUUAUAUGGCAUAAGUUUUUGUAUACUGAUUCUGUUUUAUUA